AACAUUCACUGCAAUAAUAGUAAUGCCGCUCGAUGCAGACGCCAUUGCCGCCUGCGUCUUGCACGCGUUCGAGCAGCUGCCAGACAAGCGCAAGCCCCGUCCGCGCAACGACGGCUCGCGGGAAUGGGUUCCUCUGAGCGGCAUCGUCUUGGCAAGAGGUGACCCCACCAACAUCCAAACAAGACUUGUGGCGCAGGCUUAUCGUACAGCGAAGAUGGCAAGCUCUCGUGCGUGUCCUUGGGGUACGUAGCGUCUGGAUCCAGCCUUGCAGGCACGACCGUUUGCCAGGGUCCCCGCUCCCUCUGCUGCUUCUGCAUGCGGGCUCCAGAUGGCUCAAUAUUGCGUCUCCUCGAACUAGCGCUGAUGCUUCUGGCAGGACUGGAAUGAAGUGUCUACCCCAUAACAAGCUUUCCUCGGCCAACGGCAACAUCCUCCACGACUGGCAUGCUGAAGUCGUUGCCAUCCGCACAUUCAACCGCUUCUUACUGGACGAGUGUUUGCGCAUCUCGAGUGCCGACUCGCACUCGCACUCGUACUCGCACUCGGCCGUCAUUCACCCACGUCCUGGCUUUGAAAGAUCAGCCCAAGAACCUCAGCCUUUUGCCAUCCGUGACGAUGUACAGAUCCUCAUGUACUGCUCCGAAGCCCCCUGCGGUGACGCCAGCAUGGAGCUGACCAUGGAUGCCCAGGUGGAUGCAACGCCGUGGACGACUGCACCGCCGACCAUCUUGCCUGAACUUGGAUCAGACAGCGCAGGAGCACUCCGAGGCCGCUCCAACUUCUCCCUCCUCGGCGCUGUUCGCUGCAAGCCUUCCCGUCCAGAUGCCCCACCCACACUCAGCAAGUCUUGCACAGAUAAGCUCGCAUUGAAGCAAGCAACAUCGCUCCUCUCCUCCGUCACCUCAACAGUGAUAUCUCCGAGGAAUGCGUACAUCCAUUCACUCGUCCUUCCAGACUCGCAAUACGUGCCUGCUGCAUGCGAGCGCGCUUUCUCCCGCUCGGGCCGACUACAAGGACUCACCGACGAGAGCAUCCAGGGUUGGCGUGGAGGCUACAGAUGGCAGCCAUUCGACAUCAAGCCAACCCAGAGGGACUUCAUCUGGAGCCGACGAAGCAUUGCAGUGCACGAAAAGGCCGUUGCCAGUAAUCUUAGCGCAGUGUCCACGCCUUCGUGGCAAGAAACUCUGAUUGGCGGCGUGUUACAAGGACGGAAACAGAUGGACCCCAGGGGAGCAAGCAAGAUCUGUCGGAGGAGUGUGUGGACGCUGGCGGCGCAAAUUGCAAGCAUCGUCAGUGCGCCAGCGGUACUCGAGGCGCUCACGAAGGCCACAUAUGGAGACAUCAAGGCCAGCGAAGCUUUAGACGCGAGAAACAAGGUCAAGAAAGACAUCCAUGAAGACGGGCUGAGAGGAUGGGUGCAGAACACGGGCGAUUCAGACUUUGCCCUCUCCCCAACCUUCUCAUAGCUCAACACCUAGAUAUCAUCAAGAUACUUCACAAGCCCUCGAUCCCCCCGUCCUUUCCCUCCUUGAAAGCACCCCACGCGCCAACCCUCCCACCCCACCGAUCCGCAACUACCUCGACCACACC